UCUCUCUGUAAGAUCUGUUUUUAUCAGAAGUCAGAAAAUCUUAUAUUUCUCAAGAUUAUCUUCACAUAUCUUAUUCAUGAAAUUGAUGAAGAAAAUCAUCAAUUUCAGUAUUCUAUUCUUGAUAUUAUUCAAGUGAUAGCAGAGUUCAUUCUGAUCACACUUUUUAAGU